AAUAAACAACAUGUGCACAUUAUAGUGCAUGUGGUAUUUAUGAUACAGAUGCAAAACUUGAGUUUGUGUGUCGAGCACCUUCUUUUGAAGGACUAGCAGGAGCAGAAUGAGAUGAGGGGUUAUUUUGGCGAUGGAGAUUAAGGCAGGGGCUUUUUGUCAUUUGUGCGAGACAAGCCAUUCAUCCAUCCAGUUCACAGCCAAAAAAAGGCUGGUCCCAGAAAUUAGCAGUUUCAGCUCAGCAGCAAAGUCGUCGGGCUGUGAAGGCAGAGAGAAAUUGACUAAUUAGCAAUGCGCACUAAAACUUGACGGUUCUCUCUAUAACAGCGAGGGAAAGACUCGGUUUUUCUCCCCCUUUCUCUUUUCUUUCUUCCAUAGAUGUUUGAAAUCGCAGUCAUUUACGCUCGACAGUUUUUACAAUAGCCUUGAGCCAUAAUUUUGCGAGUCUCUCCAGCAUCCAUACCCCUGCAUGGUCUCUCUCCACCGGCCAUGCACGACCGUUUCUCUCCCCAACCGUGGAUUUCCUAUUACUCUCGUUACGACUCACUGAGCCCCAGGCCCAAGGAUAAUGAUGUGUUGUUUCUUGGUAGCAUAAUUUGUCACACGUAUAUUUCUUCUUCUUCUUCUCUUGCAGAAAGCACAGCUCCCCUCUCACACACUCACACACUUCUUGUUAAUUCAGAAGAACAAAUGAUCAACGUCAACAAAUAACCUGAAAUAGUGACUUUAAGAGUUUGGAAUCAAUGGUUAUUUGGAGAUACCACCGACCAUAGACUUUAAAGGAAAGGACAUUUCUUUAAAGGAGAACAAAGGGGGAAAAUUUUCAAGUGAGAUUAUUUUGGGAAACCUGAAGCUUACUUUCCUUUUUUUUGUCAAGAGCUGAAGUCAGGUGGCGUUCACAGUCAGGAAGUCAUGUCCAGAUCGGGUGAUAGAACAUCCACCUUUGACCCAACACACAGUGACACCCUGCUGCACGGGCUCAACCUCUUAUGGAGAAAACAGCUUUUCUGUGAUGUGACUCUCACUGCCCAGGGACAGCAGUUCCACUGCCACAAAGCUGUGCUGGCAUCCUGCUCCCAGUAUUUCAGAUCUCUCUUUUCUUCCCAUAAUGUAAUCAACAAUGAGGGGAGCAAAGGGGACCAGGGCAGCAGUGGGACCCCUUCAUCCUCUCCUGAUGACAAGCUGGUGACCCCCAACGCCAGGCCCAUCAAUAACCUGGUACUCCAGGGCUGCUCCUCCAUUGGACUACGAUUAGUGCUGGAGUACCUGUACACUGCCAACGUGACUCUUUCCCUGGACACAGUGGAAGAGGUGCUGUCAGUCAGCAAGAUCCUGAACAUCCCCCAGAUUACCAAGCUCAGCGUGCAGUUCCUCAACGACCAGAUCUCUGUGCAGAACUACAAGCAGAUCUGCAAGAUUGCCGCACUCCAUGGACUGGAUGAGACCAAGAAGCUGGCCAAUAAGUACCUGGUGGAGGAUGUGCUUCUGCUGAACUUUGAGGAGAUGUGUGCCAUGCUAGAUGCUCUGCCACCUCCGGUGGAGUCAGAGCUGGCUCUCUUCCAGAUGUCAGUCCUCUGGCUGGAGCAUGACCGGGAGACUCGCAUGCACUAUGCGCCGGACCUUAUGAAGAGGCUGCGCUUCGCCCUUAUACCUGCUCCAGAGCUGGUGGAGAGGGUGCAGUCUGUUGACUUCAUGAGGAGUGACCCUGUGUGCCAGAAACUACUCCUGGAUGCCAUGAACUACCACCUAAUGCCCUUCAGGCAGCACUGCAGGCAGACCGUGGCCAGCAGAAUCCGUUCCAAUAAGAGAUUGCUGUUACUGGUGGGUGGUUUGCCUCCUGGACCUGAUCGUCUCCCCAGCAAUUUGGUCCAGUACUAUGACGAUGAGAAAAAGACAUGGAAGAUCCUCACAAUAAUGCCUUACAACAGUGCCCAUCACUGCGUGGUGGAGGUGGAAAACUUCCUGCUGCUGAUGGGCGGAGAGGACCAGUGGAACCCCAACGGAAAACACAGCACUAAUUUUGUCAGCCGCUAUGAUCCCAGAUUCAACAGUUGGAUACAGUUGCCUCCUAUGCAGGAGAGGAGAGCCAGUUUCUUUGCCUGCCGCCUGGAAAAGCACUUGUACGUGAUCGGCGGCAGGAACGAGAGCGGCUACCUCUCCAGCGUGGAGUCGUACAACCUGGAGACUAACGAGUGGAACUACGUGUCAUCUCUGCCACAGCCUCUGGCCGCCCAUGCAGGAGCAGUGCACAACGGCAAGAUCUACAUAUCAGGAGGAGUUCACAAUGGAGAGUAUGUGUCCUGGCUCUACUGUUAUGACCCCAUAAUGGAUGUGUGGGCUAGGAAACAGGAUAUGAACACAAAGCGUGCCAUUCAUGCCCUGGCUGGAAUGAACGACCGCCUAUAUGCUAUUGGUGGAAACCAUUUGAAAGGUUUCUCACAUCUAGAUGUAAUGUUGGUGGAGUGUUACGACCCGAAAGCUGACCAGUGGAACAUCCUGCAGACACCUAUCCUGGAGGGUCGCAGCGGCCCGGGCUGUGCUGUUUUGGAUGACAGCAUCUUCCUCGUUGGUGGCUACAGCUGGAGCAUGGGGGCCUAUAAGUCUUCUACCAUCUGCUACAGCCCAGAGAAAGGAACAUGGACAGAGUUGGAGGGAGAGGUGGCAGAGCCCUUAGCGGGCCCAGCCUGUUCCACCGUCAUACUGCCUGCCUGCCUUCCCUUUAACAAAUGACAACUAAGGGCGAGCAAGGGCAAGGAGCAGAAGAGUGAAUGGGGGGAGGACCAUCAAUAAGCAAAACAGUUGUCAACAAUUUUGUGACAAACCCUCCGGUCAGAUGACGGGGGUGUGUAUAAAUUAUUUUUUUACAGGUUUGACCAGAGCACUUUCGUUAUUCCCUACUGAAGGUUUGAAAAAAAAAAAAAGAAAAAAGAAGAAGAAUUGUGUAACUCAUGUAUUUAAACUCAUCUGUGUUCUGAGAAAUGGUCAGUUUCAUAUUUGAUUUUAAUUUAAACGGAUAGUAAGUGUUUUUGGCUUCUCUUCUAUAGCACGCAUAGUGUUGAACUGAAUUAUAGCUUUCAAAUCCAUUGUAUCUUGUAUUCAGUAGAGGCAUAAUUCCAGCAAAAUGCAGUGUUGUUUCAUGGACUGACACUGAGAGAAACAGUGGUCCAGUCCCAAAUCGUCACGGGGUUCAGUUAAACUAGGGCUGGGUGAGUUACAUUAACCGUGAUGAUCAAAGUGUAUAAAUAUUCUUCAUUGUUAGAGUUAUAACUCAUUUUUCUCUGACUGGAUUGUGCACUUAUCCUGCUGCAUCACCCAAUCAGAUCAUCAUGCAACUGUUUUGUUGCCUUUCUCUGAAAAUGAACAUAUUUACAAAAUGAGGAGGCUUUAAUCAUUAUUUAACUGACAUAGUAUGAAUGAAAAUACCUACCUAACUAGCAGGUAUACUGGGGUCCAAACACUGUAAAAAGUACACAAGUACACACUGAUCUUUAUGAGUAUGUGUCCAUAUCACCCAGCCCUACUUUUUAACUAAUUAUUAUCUUGAUAAUUCAUACCCAGACUGAAGUCGUGUUUCUGUAUAACUUGUUGAACAGAGAGUUCUUUGCAGGUUAUCUGCCUGACAGAAAAAAAAAUCUCGCCAAAUGUUUGCGACCACUAUUCCUAACGCUGCAGGCAAAACGAUUUAAGGUUCACCAGUGAUUCUUAAAUAUUCAUAUGACGCACUAAUGUUCACGUUAAUUAUGAUAAUGAUGGUACAAUCAAAUUUCAAAUUGCUAGCCAAUGUAUUUAUGGGUAGCAUGUUUGGGUAAACAGAUGAAGAGGACAUUAGUUUGGUUUGUUCUCCUUCACAAGUUAAUGCGAACAGGCCUGUUUAUGAGGCCACAUAGUAUUACCUCGGUAAGAUUUUAAUCUUUGAUGUAUGAAAAACAAACGAGCGUCCUUAAUGCACUAAUGGUGAACUUUUAAUUCAGCACCUUUGAUUCACUAAAAUGUAAAUUAAUUACUGUGCUGUGUUUUAAAAAAAAAUGAUCUUACGUACAAAUGACUCUAAAUCCAGUCUAGUCUACGUUAUUAGGUUGAAAAAGUUGACUCUAAAUAUCGAUGCAGUACCUGUUGAAUUCUGUAAAGAUUGGUUGAUUUCAUUCUUGUACAUAAUCGCUUGCAGUGAAACAUUUUUGUGCACUCAACCUUGGAUUUAUUCUCAAAUCCUGUUAUGUCCUUUGCAUUUUAG